CAUUAGAGAGGCUGGGAAGGUGAAAGGGGGGGGGGGGGUCAGGGGGAGCAGGGACACAGCCUGAGUGGUGUUUUAUCUCAGCAGUGCAUGUGAGCAGCAUUAGUGUGAGUGAUGCCAGCUAAGUGACCAGAGAGCACCUUCAUCAUGCAACCCAGGGUGGUGCUCGUGUUACUGACCGUGGUACUGGCCAUACUCGGUGUAAAUGAAGCAGCAGUGACCAGACAUAAUGGCAGAGAAACUCUUAAGCAUUACCCUCAUAAAGCUGACUUUUAUAAAAGCCUGCUCCAAGUAUCUGAGCCAAAUCCCUUUUUAAAGCAAAGAUUAGGUAUGCCAAGAAUGCAAAACUUUCCUCAAGAAUGGCCUUACAAUCAACAUCAGGUUCAGUCUCUACCAAGAAUUGGAAUUAAUCCAACAAGAGUUCACAGCUUUCCUCAAACAAGGCCUUACAACAGCCAAAAAAUUCAGUCUGCUCCAUCAUACACACACAUGUACCAACAAAAACAAGUUAAGAAUGAUGAACGCUUAAGCCAAUCGUAUGAGCCCAAGAAUCAAGCAAGUACUGUAAAGCACUCAACUACCAAGAAAAAUAUCAAGAGAGGGAUAUUUCCUUCAACAAAGAACAAUUACAAAUAUCCUGUAAACCAAGACAUUAAACAUAGCAUCAUAAACCCAAUGGCAGCAGAGAAAGUGCGAAAACAGUGGGUGCUUCCUCGCACAAGUCUCUGGGCUUCCCGCACAUCUCCUUCAAACACUGGCAGGAGAUCCAGACAGAGAGGACCGAGUAAUAGGAUACAACAGAGGUGUCCAAAUGGUAAAAUACGGAUAAGAGGGGUGUGUGUGUGUCCCUACCUCUCCAACUGGGAUGAAAAUCAAGAACAAUGCGUCUGCAUCUAUGGCACAUACAAAGAUUCUCUUGGAAACUGCCGCAAUUUUUAACAGCUUUGCAAGAACCAUCAAGCUAUACCAAAUGGAUGUAAUAUGCUAUAACUAUUGAUUUGUUUAUCCAAAUUAUGAAUUUAGUUUUGUUGAAUCAUUAACAACAUUAGCAUUAAUAAUAAUGUAUUGUCUGAUCACAUAAAAGUUCUCAAAGAAGGUA